AUGGGCUGUAGCAUCAGCAGUAGGUCUUACACGCCACCGAUCCUCGCAGGCGGUGCCGUGGUUGGAAAUGUAACCGGUUCUCCGGCCGCAAGUUCCUUCGUAAGCUCCUACGAGGCGGCGUGCAUGCUCGACCCGGAGCUCCAGAGCUUCGACGCCACGCUGCGGCAGCGUACGAGUCGUGUCCUAUCCACCCUCGCCAUGGACGGCGAGGUCCCUUCCCUGUCACUCGAUAACCUGCGAGCCGCCACCGCCAACCUCCUGGAGAUGAACCAGGAGGCGCACCUAUUCAUCCUGAAGAACAAGAAGGACAUCCUGAAGAACGCCGACCUCUUGGACUUCGUCAAGGACUACCUCGACAAUUGCCUGCUGACCAUACACUUCUGCGACACCCUCAAGAACUGCCUCGGUAAAGCUUCCGAAAGCCAAUCGAUCAUCCGCUUCGCCCUCCAGCGCUUCACGGAAGAUGAUGCGCAAGAAGCAGAUCAAGGUGGCAAGCAGAAAUACGCGAGGACUUUGGACGAAUUGCGUCGAUUUAAGUCGGCAGGCAAUCCGAUCACCAAAGAGUUCUCCUAUCCAUUCUUCCGAACACUUCGCAAGCAGCAAGUAACGAUGCUGGAGAAGCUCCGCUCGAGAAGGGAGAAGCUCAAUAAGAAGUUGAAGACCUUGACAACGUGGAGGAGAGUAUGCAACAUCCUAUUCGCGUCAGUCUUCGCAGCUGCAAUAAUUUGCUCGAUUGUACUUGCGGUGGCCGCCCCGCCGACGGCGGCCGCGGCUGUAGGGGCGGCCGCCGCCAUGCCGAUCCCGAUGGGCAACUGGAUCGACUCCCUGCUAAAAGAAUACCAGAAAUCCUUGGAAGGGGAUGAAGAGAUUGUGAAUUCCAUAGAGUGCGGCAGCGUUGCGAUGGACAUGGACGGCAUUCCGUCGCAGGUGGGGAGGUUGGAGAUGCAUAUCAAAUCUAUGUUGGAGUAUGCCGAUUUCGCGCUUAGAGACGAGGAAGCCGUGAGAUUCGAGAUGGAGGAGAUCAGGGAAAAGUCGAAGGAGUUUACGGAGGGAUUGCGAGAAUUGGCGAAGCAAGCAGAAAGAUGCAGCAGGAAUAUUCAAAAGGCCCAGACGGGUCUUCUGCUGCUGAUAAAUCGGCAUCCAGGACGCGCGUCAACGACAUCAAAAUCCGACCGGAGGUCCAAACGGCAAAUCUAUCGGUCCAGUAGUUCAAUAAGUUGA